UUAGGCACCAGGGCAGGCAGCAGGCUCCAGGCGGCUGGGGCAGGGCCUUUCCUUGGAGGCAUCUUUGAAGCAGCCUUUCCACCCAGACGGGGCUUGGAGUCACUGGGCUCGCAGCCCCCACCGGCUCCUGGGGGGAACCAACUCCCACGAGGGCCUGGAGCUUGGUGCUCCCGAGCGAGGUCUGUGCCUCGUGCUGGGACCGGCCACAAGCCCUCCAUGGAGCAGAUGAGGAGAUGGAGACUCAGAGAGGUGGAGAGAUCGACCCUGGGUCCCACAGCCUGGCCUGGCCUGGGACUCUGACAGUGGCUGCGGAGGUGCGGAAACAGGUGUCCCGGGAGCGCAGUGGCUCUCCGCACUCCAGCAGACGCGGCAGCAGCUUUCUGGGGGUCCCACUGACUGAAGUCAUUGAGCCCCUGGACUUCGAGGAUGUGCUCCUGAGCCGGCCACCAGACGCCGAGCCUGGGCCCCUCCGGGACCUGGCUGAGUUUCCAGCCGACGACCUGGAGCUCCUGCUACAGCCCCGGGAAUGCCGGACCACAGAGCCCGGGAUCCCUGAGGAUGGAAAGCUGGAUGCCCAGGUGAGGGCCGCAGUGGAGAUGUAUACAGAGGAUUGGAUCAUCGCUCACAGGAGGUACCAGCAUCUGAGUGCGGCGUAUAGCCCCAUCACCACGGAGAUGCAGCGAGAGCGGCAGAAGGACCUCACUCGCCAGGUCUUUGAGCAGGACACUUCUGGGGAUGAGAGGUCCGGCCCAGAGGACUCGGAUGACCCCCGGCACUCCUCAGGUUCCCCAGAGGACACCCCGCGGAGCAGCGGUGCCUCCGGCAUCUUUGACCUGAGGAACUUGGCCGCUGACUCACUGCUGCCGUGGCUGCUGGAGCGCACAGCCCCUGAGGAUGUGGACCGGCGGAAUGAGGCCUCGCGGCGGCAGCAUCGACCCCGCGCCCUGCUGGCUCUCUACCCGGCACCUGAUGAGGACGAGGCCGUGGAACGCUGCAGCCGCCCCGAGCCGCCCCGGGAACACUUUGGACAGAGGAUCCUGGUCAAGUGUCUGUCGCUGAAGUUUGAGAUCGAAAUUGAGCCCAUCUUUGGCAUCUUGGCCCUGUAUGAUGUGCGGGAGAAAAAGAAGAUCUCAGAAAACUUCUACUUUGACCUGAACUCGGACUCCAUGAAGGGGCUGCUGCGGGCCCAUGGCACCCACCCCGCCAUCUCCACCCUGGCCCGCUCCGCCAUCUUCUCCGUGACCUACCCUUCGCCCGACAUCUUCCUGGUCAUCAAGCUGGAGAAAGUAUUGCAGCAGGGGGACAUCAGCGAGUGCUGCGAGCCCUACAUGGUGAUGAAGGAGGUGGACACGGCCAAGAACAAAGAGAAGCUGGAGAAGCUGCGUCUGGCGGCCGAGCAGUUCUGCACUCGCCUGGGCCGCUACCGCAUGCCCUUCGCCUGGACCGCGGUCCACCUGGCCAACAUCGUGAGCAGCGCGGGGCAGCCGGACCGCGACUCGGACUCCGAGGGCGAGCGCCGACCUGCCUGGACUGACCGCCGCCGGCGUGGGCCCCAGGAUCGGACAAGUAGUGGGGAUGACACCUGCAGCUUCUCUGGAUUCCGCCCAGCCACGCUAACUGUCACCAACUUCUUUAAGCAGGAGGCCGAGCGGCUCAGUGAUGAGGACCUCUUCAAGUUCCUGGCUGACAUGCGGCGCCCGUCUUCUGUCCUGCGGCGCCUGCGGCCCGUGACUGCCCAGCUCAAGAUCGACAUUUCCCCGGCCCCUGAGAACCCACACUUCUGCCUCUCCCCGGAGCUGCUUCACGUCAAGCCCUACCCAGACCCCAGGGGCCGGCCCACCAAGGAGAUCCUGGAGUUCCCUGCCCGUGAAGUCUAUGCCCCCCACACGAGCUACAGGAACCUGCUGUACGUGUACCCACACUGCCUUAACUUCAGUAGCCGCCAGGGCUCCGUGCGCAACCUGACCGUGCGAGUGCAGUACAUGGCGGGGGAGGACCCCAGCCAGGCCCUGCCGGUCAUCUUUGGCAAGUCCAGCUGCAGUGAGUUCACCCGAGAGGCCUUCACCCCCGUGGUCUACCACAACAAGUAUGCGGGGUGGCGGGAUGGGACCGGCGGUGGGGACACGGUGGGGCAGCAGGAGGGGAGGAGGCUGCCGCUAGGAGAGCCGGCGGCGGAUCCUGAGGCAGAGAGCAGACCGUGGGGCCAGGCGGCACUGGGGUCUGACUUGCAAGAGGGGAUGGGGAGGGCCAGGGGGUCCCCGCCCCCAGCAGAGCCCCAUUCCAGGUCCCCAGAGUUCUAUGAGGAGUUCAAGCUGCGUCUUCCGGCCUGUGUGACCGAGAACCACCACCUGCUGUUCACCUUCUACCACGUCAGCUGCCAGCCCCGGCCGGGCACAGCGCUGGAGACUCCCGUGGGCUUCACUUGGAUCCCACUGCUGCAGCAUGGCUGCCUGAGGACUGGCCCCUUCUGCCUCCCUGUGUCUGUGGACCAGCUCCCACCCAGCUACUCCGUGCUCACACCAGACGUGGCGCUGCCAGGCAUGCGCUGGGUGGACGGCCACAAGGGCGUGUUCAGCGUGGAGCUCACUGCCGUGUCCUCUGUGCACCCGCAGGACCCUCACCUGGACAAGUUCUUCACUCUGGUGCAUGUCCUGGAGGAGGGGGCCUUCCCGUUCCGCCUCAAGGACACCGUGCUGAGUGAGAGCACUGUGGAGCAGGAGAUGCGGGCCAGCCUAGCAGCCCUGCGCCUCGCCAGCCCCGAGCCCCUUGUUGCCUUCUCCCAUCACGUGCUGGACAAGCUCGUCCGUCUGGUCGUGCGGCCUCCAAUCAUUGGCGGCCAGAUCGUGAACUUAGGCCGUGGGGCCUUUGAGGCAAUGGCCCAUGUGGUCAGCCUUGUCCACCGGAGUCUAGAGGCUGCCCAGGAUGCCCGUGGUCACUGCCCACUGCUGGCUGCCUAUGUCCACUAUGCCUUCCGACUGCCUGGCACCGAGCCCAGCCUCCCAAGUGGGACCCCUCCAGUGGCAGUGCAGCCUGCCACACUGGCCCGUGGCCCUGGCCGCCCCACCAGCCUCUACCUGGCCCGCUCUAAGAGCAUCAGCAGCAGCAACCCCGACCUGGCUGUGGCCCCGGGCUCUGUGGACGACGAGGUCUCCCGCAUCCUGGCCAGCAAGGGUAUCGACCGCUCACAUUCCUGGGUGAAUUCUGCUUAUGCUCCAGGAGGCAGCAAGGCUGUGCUGCGACGGGCACCCCCUUAUUGCGGGGCCGACCCCAGACAGGCCAUCGACCGCAGCUCUAGCCGAACUUCUUCCUACCUUGAGGGCUCCUCCUUGGCCCCACCAGCCACCCAGCCGAGACCCACUGUGCAGAAGCUGCUGCACGAGGAGCUGGCUCUGCAGUGGGUGGUCAGCAGCAGUGCUGUGCGAGAGGCUGUCCUGCAGCAUGCCUGGUUCUUCUUCCAGCUCAUGGUGAGACACCCUCCUCCCCUCCUGAGAGCAAGAGAUGCCCCGGGGAGGUCCUCUCCUCGGGAGAGAAGCCCCUGAGAUUGCACCUGAGACCCCUGAGAAAUGACCCCAAGAGACCCUCCAUGUCGAGAGAGAAGAAACACUGAAGGGGUUCUCUCCCUGGAGAGAGGCCCCCUGAAACUUACCUGAGACCCCCUCCACAGAGAGAUGACCCCCCUACCUUCCCUAGGAGAUUGUA